AUGAGCUUGCUCGCGACCAGAAAAUUCAACGUAGAGGCGGUUGAAUCCUUGGAGUCCGUUUCGAGAGCGGCUCGGCGCAUCAUCAUCAACGCAGACAUCCUGAAGCAAGCCAAAGUUUACGCAGGAGACGUCGUGGGCUUAUCUUCUGCAGACUCGCACAAGGCCUUCGCCGUGGGUGUCGCAUGGCCGUCUUCAGAAUUGUCCCAGGAUGCUAUCCUUGUCUCCCCACCGCUUCUUCUGACCGCUAGGUUGACACCAGGAUCAAAAGUCAGCCUCUUCUCCUUGGAUGCGCCGAAACUUCCUCCCAGCGUGCCUUCCCUCCGGCAGGCAGCGCUCGCAAAGACCGUUCGUGUCAAGGAAGUCUUCGAUGAAAAGAGCACCGCGAUAAGCUCUGCUUCCUCUUCUUCCCCGAAGAGCUCGGGUUCUGGAAAGGGUCAACGCAGAGAUUGGCUGACUCUCCUGAUCCGAGAAUUUUUGAUCGACCUCGGGUACCUCACACCCACACAGACACUCGACGUCGUGUAUGAAGGCAAAACACGCAGAUUUGCCGUAACUUCUGUACGGGCAUACGGCGAAGCAGACGACGACACAGAUCUCGCCGCCGGCGUACAAGCCCUCUCCCUAGCAGACGCCCCACCGAAACUAUGGACGGUCGGCUGGGAAACAACCGUCGCUGCCGGGCAUGCCGUCCAACGGGGCGUGAGUGCGGACGCGUACGCCUCUGUGGGAGGGCUCGACAAACAGAUCGCGCAAAUCCGCGACCUCAUUGAGAUCCCUCUCACCCGCCCUGAGCUCUUCCGCCAGUUCGGCCUCAAGCCGCCUCGCGGUGUUCUCCUCCACGGGCCGCCUGGGACAGGAAAAACGCACCUCGCACGCGCGAUCGCAGCAUCUACCGGGUCGGCAGUGCUCAUCGUGAACGGACCAGAGCUAUCUUCGGCAUACCAUGGGGAGACCGAAUCGCGCAUACGCGAUGUCUUUACAGAGGCACGCGCUCGCAGUCCGUGUAUCAUCGUACUCGACGAGGUCGACGCGAUAUGCCCACGCCGUGAAGAGGGUCCGGGCGGAGAGGUCGAGAAACGCGUGGUGGCGCAGCUGCUGACGCUCAUGGACGGUAUGGAAGAAACGGGCAAGGAUGGCUCGGAAGGCAAAGUGAUGAUCGUUGCGACCACAAACAGGCCGAAUGCCAUCGACCCCGCGUUGCGUCGACCAGGUCGAUUUGAUAGGGAAAUUGAGAUUGGUAUUCCUGGCUCGGAGGAACGCUAUCAAAUCCUAAAGGUCCUUCUCUCGAAGGCCCCACAUGCAAUCGCAGACGACGAGCUCCGGUCAGUCGCAGCAAAAGCGCACGGCUACGUCGGCGCCGACCUCAGCGCCGUCGUGCGCGAAGCAGGCACCCUCUCCAUCAAGCGCUGGCUCGCCUCACAGUCCCCGUCCGAAGCCCCCACCCCCUCCCAAUCGACCCCGCAGUUGACGUAUGCGGACGUCCUUACAGCGCUCCCGACCGUGCGCCCCUCCGCGCUGCGCUCGCUCUUCCUCGACACCGUGCCGGUGCACUACUCGGACAUCGGCGGGCAGGCGCAGACGAUCCAGAAGCUGCGAGAGUGCGUGGAGUGGCCGCUCCUGCACCCUGAAGCGUUCGCGCGCCUUGGGGUCCGUGCGCCGCGAGGCGUACUGCUGUACGGCCCGCCGGGAUGCAGCAAGACACUCCUCGUACGAGCGUGUGCGACGGAAAGCGGCGUGAACUUCCUUGCGGUGAAGGGUCCCGAGCUGCUCAACAAGUAUGUCGGCGAGUCGGAGCGCGCUGUACGGGAGAUAUUCAGCAAGGCCCGAGGAGCUGCUCCGUCUAUCAUCUUUUUCGACGAGAUCGACGCACUCGCGGGCUCUCGCACGUCAUCGGAUGGCGGCGGUGGCGCCCAGGAGGGUGUGCUGACGAGUCUCCUGAACGAGAUGGACGGCGUGCAAGAACUAGUUGGCGUCACUAUCGUAGCCGCGACGAACAGGCCAGACGUCAUCGACUCAGCAUUAAUGCGCCCUGGGCGGUUGGACCGUAUCCUUUACGUCGGCCCACCCGACUUGGAGGGGCGGGUCGAGAUCUUGCGCAUCCGCACCCAGAAAAUGAGCGUCGAGGAGGGUCUGGACCUCGAACAGAUUGCGAGGAUGACGGAAGGAUGUUCGGGAGCAGAGAUCACGGCCCUCUGCCAGGAGGCUGCACUGCUUACCAUGAAAGAGAACAUCGACGCGCCCUUCGUUCCGAAGGAUGCGUUCGUUAGGGCAGCGCGGAACAUCAAGAAACAAAUCACGCCAGAGGUCGUGGAGACGUACGUGCAAUGGCGAGACAGGAAUGGCGUCACCGAUGCCUGA